UGUUUAUUGGAUUGGCUAGAGCUAGUGGAAGACGUUGGAAAUAUUUUCACAACUGUCAUCUAUUGUUGGAUGACUAUGGUUUUGGUCUCUCAUGGCUUCUACUGUAGUCACUUGGGCACUUCAAGACACAGUUGGAUGUCACAUGAUUUGAGUUUCUCUUGUUCCAUUUCCAAUUUUCAUCCAUUAAAGAGAUAUGCUCCAUCAUCUAAGUUUCUACAUAUGACCAACGUUUUUAUGGCGCAGCAAGAGGCUGGUAAGCCUGUCACGAAUGGACGGGUGAGCAAAAUGGUGUCAACGAAGGAAUUAAUGAAAUCUGAAUCUACUAUCAUUCAGAAAAUUGAAUCAGUUAAUGGAAUAGCCAGUCCCAGCACAGUUGUGAAUGGCUUUAAAAGAGUUGAGAAUGGUGUUGGAUUGGUUAAAAGGGUUGAAAUGUUAAAUAAUGUCAAUACACUGCAAAAGGUAGUUCCUGAUGAUUUCUCCUUUGUAGACGGACCAAAAGUCUUGCUUUCAGAUGAAGGAUUCAGCUGGGCCAAUGAAAACUAUAAUGCUUGGCAUAGGAGUGUUGAUAUUUGGUCAUUUAUUCUUUCUUUACAAAUUCGGGCUCUGUUUGAUAAUGCAAAAUGGUCAUAUUUUGGUGGAUUUACAGAAGAUAAACAGACAAAAAGGCGCCAAAAAACAGCUUCAUGGUGCAGAGAGAGAGUUUUGCAACUAGGACCAACUUUUAUCAAGCUAGGCCAGUUAUCCUCAACAAGGUCUGAUUUGUUCCCUAAAGAGUUUGUUGAUGAGCUUGCCAAGUUGCAGGAUAGGGUGCCGGCAUUCUCACCUGAAAAAGCGAGAGCGUUCAUAGAAAAUGAGUUGGGUUUGCCAGUUAAUGCAUUAUUCAAGAAAUUUGAAGAUCAACCUAUAGCUGCAGCCAGUCUUGGCCAGGUGCAUCAAGCUAUUCUACAUAAUGGCGAGAAAGUUGUAAUAAAAGUUCAGAGGCCAGGUCUCAAGAGGCUUUUUGACAUAGAUUUAAGGAACCUGAAACUAAUAGCCGGGCAUUUUCAGAAAAGUACGAUAUUUGGAGGACUUACGAAGGAUUGGAUUGGUAUUUACAAUGAGUGUUCCAAAAUUCUAUACCAAGAAAUGGACUAUAUUAUUGAAGGAAGGAAUGCUGAUAGGUUACGUCGAGAUUUUCGAAAUGUGAAGUGGGUUCGCAUACCAGUUGUCCUUUGGGAUUAUACUUCUUCAAAGGUGUUGACUCUGGAAUAUGUGCCAGGAAUAAAGAUAAGUAGCCUAAGCCAGAUAGAUGCUAGCGGAAACAACCGCUCUCAGAUUGCUUUACGUGCUAUUGAGGGAUAUUUGAUUCAGAUACUAAAGACUGGAUUUUUUCAUGCUGAUCCCCAUCCAGGCAAUCUUGCUAUUGACAGGGAUGGAUCACUUAUCUAUUAUGAUUUUGGAAUGAUGGGUGAAAUAUCACCCUUUACUCGGGAAAAGCUACUUAAUUUGUUUUACUCAAUAUAUGAAAAAGAUAUAAAUAAGGUUAUGAGGAGCCUCAUUGAAGUUGAUGCACUUAAGCCAACAGAAGACAUUUCAUCUGUGCAGAGAUCCAUACAGUUUUUCUUGGAUAAAACAUUUAGCCAUUCAUCCGAUCAACAACAAAGUUUGGCUGCAAUUAGUGAGGAUUUUUUUGCAAUAGCAGCAGAUCAGCCUCUACGCUUACCUUCCACAUUAACUUUUGUAAUGAAGGCAUUCUCAACUCUUGAAGGUGUCGUAUAUAUGCUAGAUCCAGAAAUUUCAUUUGUCAGAGUUGCAGCGCCUUAUGCAAGAGAAUUACUGAACACCCAACAAAGGCAAAAAACUGGAGCAGAGGUUGCUAAUGAUAUAAGAAGACUAGCUGAUGAAGCUAGGGAUCACACAAUUUCAAUGCCAUAUAGAAUCCAGAAAAUAGAAGACUUCGUGAAGCAGCUGGAGUCGGGAGAUUUGAAACUUAGAGUUCGAGUGCUCGAGUCUGAACGAGCUGCACGGAAAGCCGCUAUACUUCAGAUGGGCUCUAUUCAUGCAGUUUUGGGAGGAGCUCUAUUUAAUGUUGGAGUUUAUUUAAGCAGCCAAGUAAAUCAGACUGCUGCAAAUAUAGCUUUCAUUGGUGCUGGUUUGUUUUUGUUGCUGUUGGUAAUAUCAUUUCGAAAAGUCAAGAAGCUCGACAAAUUAGAGAAGAUUCCGUGAUGUUAUGUUACCACCCACCAUCAAUCUUUCGUUUUCUUUUGGGGAAAUCACUGCUCCCCUUAAAUUUUGGGGAAAGCUGUCAUUAUUUGUUGUUGUUAAUUUAUUAAAAUGGGUCCUUCAUUGGAUCCCCCAAAAUUGAUUUGUUGUUAUUGGUGGUUGCAUAAUAAAUUGGACUAUUUAUCAUUGCAGUUUUACAAUGUGCAAUGGAGAUAAAAAGCAUUUCUUGA